AUGGAAGCUCUGCUACGAGUAUGUAUUUUAACCUUGAAUUAUAUGUUUUGUCGAUAUGAGAAUCACCCAACCCUCUUUGGGCGAUCAUCCUAUACAAGUCCUCACAGUUUUGGUAUAAGGGCAAUUGCCGUUCCAACAUCCAAAAAGCCCAUACCUGUAAAUCGAGGGAGGCGCCCGAUAGAGUUCAAGCCUCGAUACGGACUAAUCUAUUCAACGUACAUAAGCCACAAUCGAUAUCUCGGCCGGGUCUCGACUUCAAGAUCCGGAGCCUCAGGUCGUCGCUUAAUAUGUAAAGCCUUUAAACACGAGACCUGUCCUGCAACUCAUUCAUCCUGUUACCUGAUAGGACGUCAACUCGCACAAAAGUCCUUUCCACAGCGAAUAUAUUUUCGGCUCUCAUUUCAUCAAUCCGAGACGCCGCAUUGCAGGCGCAACAGCAUGAGCCAACCAACAGAGAAAACUGCACCUUGUUCCGUUACAAAAGUGCCCUUCACCGUUUCGAUGAAUAAUGAUUCAAUCUGCUUGCUGAUUCGCCCGUCAAAAGCGAACCAGACUCCUGGGAAGUUUCCGGAGUACCUACCUAGGGAGGAAAGAAAAUGGGACUCUCUGCUAAGUUUAUUGUGA